AGGCAUCUUCUACAGAGGCUUGGGAAGCUGUGUGCUGGACAGCACCGAGCCCACCAGACCCAGACUCACCUACAGCUGGAGCUCCCCCCUUCCCUGUGCCCACAGAAUCUGCCCUUUGCAGUCUCCCAUCUCCCCAACCCAGGCCUUAGCCUGUCUCAUUUUUCUAUCAGAGGUGCUGGAAGAGCAGCAGAAUCAGGCCCAGCUCCCAAUUCCCUCUCCCCAGUCUUCUCCAGGUGUCCCCUCCCACGAGCACACAGGAAAAGGACCACAUGGCCUGGCGAGCCCCACACCCACUGCUGCUGCUGCUGCUGCUGUUCCCAGGCUCUCAGGCGCGAUCCAAGGCUCAGGUGCUUCAAAGUGUGGCAGGGCAGACGCUAACCGUGAGAUGCCAGUACCCACCCACGGGCAGGCUCUACGAGAAGAAAGGCUGGUGUAAGGAGGCUUCAGCACUUGUGUGCAUCAGGUUAGUCACCAGCUCCAAGCCCAGGACGGUGGCUUGGACCUCUCGAUUCGCAAUCUGGGACGACCCUGAUGCUGGCUUCUUCACUGUCACCAUGACUGAUCUGAGAGAGGAAGACUCAGGACAUUACUGGUGUAGAAUCUACCGCCCUUCUGACAACUCUGUCUCUAAGUCCGUCAGAUUCUAUCUGGUGGUAUCUCCAGCCUCUGCCUCCACACAGACCUCCUGGGCUCCCCGCGACCUGGUCUCUUCACAGACCCAGACCCAGAGCUGUGUGCCUCCCACUGGAGUAGCCAGACAAGCCCCUGAGUCUCCAUCUACCAUCAUUGUCCCUUCACACCCGUCCUCUCCCCUUCCUGUCCCUCUGCCUUCCAGGCCACAGAACUCCACGCUCCACCCUGGCCCUGCAGCCCCCAGUGCCCUGGUCCCUGUGCUCUGUGGACUCCUCAUAGCCAAGAGCCUGGUGCUGUCAGCCCUGCUCGUCUGGUGGGUCUUAAGGAAUCGGCACGUGCAGCAUCAAGGGAGGUCUCUGCUGUACCCAGCUCAGCCCAGGCCUCAGGCCCAUAGACGCUUCCCACUGAGCCACAGGGCCCCAGGGGGAACAUAUGGUGGAAAACCCUGAUGGAGCGCAGGAGCCUGGAUACCAAAAAAGCCACCUGCCACCUUCAACAGGUCACGGACCUUCCCUGGACCUCAGUUUCCUCACCUGUAGAGAGAGAAAUAUUAUAUCACACUGUUGCAAGGACUAAGAUAAGCGAUGAUGAUGAUGAACACACUUUGUGAAUAAUAAAAUUAUCUGAAUGUUUUA